AAAGGACCCGAGUUCAAUUUCAGUAUAACAUACAGUUAAGUUUGUUGUUGCAUAUCUAAAGUUCUGUCAUUUGUACCACAAUGUGGGAUAGAUCUUUAUUGCACUUCUGUAGAAUAGUGCUGAAGGCAAGUAGUAUAUGAAGACUAUACUAACUAAAAUGUAAAUAUAGCACAGUGCAAAGUUGAUAAGAAAGAACCUGUUUCUGAAAUAACAUUGUUUCCUGAGUCAUAGCUUUUAAAGAAACGCCAUAGACUAUGUAUAAUAAAUAAUUAGUAUAUAUUUAUCUCGAGAAAAUAUGCAAGAUAAACGAACAACAGGCGAGGGGUGGGGUGAUGGCGUGUUGCUGAAAGUAAUUGCUGAUCAAGCCAACGGAUAAACCAUCUUUUAUCUAUCACAUUUAAAAAAGAGUUGACUACCUAAAUGUCUAAGUGAGCAAUAACGCUAAUUGAUAUGCUUGAUUUGAAAUGUUAAAUGUGAUUUUUAAAAUAACGCAAGUGAAUUUUUUUUAUAUAAUUUUCUCUUACAUAUGUAUCAUAUAAUGGUUCCAGUUAGUUAUUGGUUUCCGCCUACAUGACCCCAACCCAUCGCUAGGUACGUCUCCUCGACAAUAAUGUUCUGUCGGCCUUAGUUACUCGUUGUUCAACCUAUAUGACACCACAUGUAACUAAGUUUCAUCUCAUCGACUGUAGUCAGUGUUCUGUCGGCGUGAGAAAGCAUCCCUCCAAAUAUGACCUAGUACAACAAUCUAAAAUAAAUGUUUCCGUAAAUUUUCCUCACGAAACAUGGCCCACUUUUGUUAUCAUAACCUUUCCUUUUUGUUUUCCAAAUAAAGUACUAAUUUCUUGCUAAUAGUACUGGACUUCAUAUACUGCUGUGUCUAUGUUUUGAUCUUUCAUUGUUAUGACAAUAGUGUGGCCUCGUAGUGGUCUCAUCAUCCAUUUGUUCGUCAUAUGACCUUUAAUGUUCAGUGGUUAAAAACGCUUUACAAACAACCAUAAUACUUCUGUUUAAUUAGUCCGUUCGAAACAUGCAUGGGAAAGGGAAAAAAAUGACAACUGAAAUUACAAAGUCGUUGCAAAAUAUGUAAUGAAAUGCAAAUCCUUGCAUGAAAUGAUAACGGUAAAAUUUGUGUUGAAGAAUACAGCAAGUUUCUGGUUUACCUCGACUACCCCUGAAUCCCAUAUACUUUAAUCCUGGGUAAUAAUCAGCUGAGUUAGACCCGUUCUGUCAUCCAUAGGUGACGGAGAUGUAAGCCAGUCAGGUUCGACUGUUCAGAGUUUUGACCCUAACACUAUAAUGAAGGCCGACCAGGGUUUUACCAUCACCACCUACGAUCCAGACGCGGACAUCAACAGGGCGUCAUACAACCCCAACACGGCUUUCAGCGGCGCGUCGUACAACCCAGACCAAAACUUCAAGAACUAUGUCAUUGCUUAUGACCCAAACAGUCUCAACGACAAGUACAUGGCCGGUGCUUACAAUCCACAUGUCAAUGGGGUGGCGCCUCAUACCCUGAACGGUGCUCACGAUCCACAUGUCAAUGGGAUGGCGCCUCAUACCCUGAACGGUGCUCACGAUCCACAUGUCAAUGGGAUGGCGCUUCCUAACCUGAACGGUGCUCACGAUCCACAUACCAAUGGGAUGGCGCCUCAUAUCCUGAACGGAGUAGAAACGGCAUACUAUGAUCCAAACAAACUGACCAGCAGUUAUCUACCAAACAUAUUCAACCCGAGCCAACUGAACGCCAAAUUCACUGGAACGUUUGACGCAAACUCUAAGUCAAAAAUAAUGAUGGGAGAUACAGGUGAACAUGAUGUACCGCAGUCGGAGAGUAACGGAGCGCCAACUGUCAGCACAAACUGGGAAGGACAGUGGAAAGGAGAAUGGCCGAAUAAACAGACAUCAGCUAUUUCGCAUGCCGAGGGAAAGGAUUCCACUGACGGAGACAGUAGCAAAGCAUCGUGGAACGGAUCAUGGAGCAAAAGCUGGCCGGGUGUACCAGACAGUUACGGUUCCAUAGACCAGGGAAAUGCUGAGCCUUCCAGGUCGCACACCACCAACCUUCACAAAGCAAACUUAGAAGAAACAACAAUAUUUCUACAGGAACUCCUGGCUGCCCUGGAAGCUAGAACUGCAGAAGUGGAAUUUUAAUGGUUUAUCUUGGAGUUACAUUCUUCAAAUGCCGAUUUAAUAAAUAGAAGAUAAUUUAAUUUGAAUGAUCACCGAGAAAUUCGAUGUAUGCAUACCUAUUAAGUAAUAAAGAAUGUCUUUACAUCA